UUUGAAUAAAAUCUAUACUAGAACAACCCAAUUAGAAAAUACAAUAAUUUCUAACAUUUUCUACGGCAUUUCUAUUCUUGAAGAACAUGAAGCGUGAACUCCAACGUCCAUUGACUGUACGUCCCACGACACGAGGCCACAAAAACGAGAAGAAGAAUUUAUAACCUAUAAAAUUUUAAAGGUUAUGUUUCCAAUUUGUUUAUUUUUGCAAGAAUAAAAACCAUGCCAGUCGAUCACAAAAGGAUAAACGGUCCCGAAGACACCGUACCUUACUCUCUAUACACCAAAACGAAUAAGCAGUCUUUAACAGAACAAUAUGAAGAAAUCAGAAAAACGGGCCAACGGACCGAUUCUAGAGCCUUUUCGGAACACAGAAAAAUCUUUGUCAGAACGGGCGCAGUGAGCCAAGCGAAAGGCUCCGCCUACAUAGAACUAGACAACACCAAAGUAAUCGUAUCGGUUUUCGAUCCGAGAGAAAUCCCCAACCGGCCCGACUACUCUCUAAAAGGCGAACUGUACUGCGAAUUCAAAUUCGCCCCGUUCAGCUGCCACAAGAGACGUUUGCACGUGCAAGACGCCGAAGAGAAACAGCACAGCGCCAUCAUGAAACGAGCCCUGGAAUCGACGGUGUGCCUGCACGAAUUCCCCAAUUUCCAAGUGGACGUCUACGCAACGGUGCUGGAAAACGACGGGUCUUGCCUGAGCGCCGCCAUUACGGCGGCCGGUUUGGCUUUGGCACACGCCGGUGUGCCCAUGUACGAUAUCAUCACGUCGGUUACGAUGGGAAUCCAACGGGAUACUUUCUUCGUGGAUCCCACCGUAACCGAACAAAAUAUUUGUUUGUAUCCGAGGCCUUCGGAAUCGGACACCGAACACGGAAUCGUGGUUCUAUCGAAGUUGCAUACGCACGAUCAAGUGUCGCAAUUUUAUCAGUUCGGAAACGUUUCGUUGGAUAAAUUAAACGAAUCGAUUAGUAUUUUGGAUGAAACGUGCCGGGAACUCGUUCCGAUCGUUCAAAAGUAUUUGGUGAAACACGUCGUUAAGAAUCUGCAACGCAACACUUGAUGGGUUUUAUUUGAUUUUAAUUGGAUUAUUUGC